UCUUAAAACUAAACCAAGCGUGUACUUUUGCUACUCAUUUUAGCAUCUGAAAUUGAGCUUCAGCGCUUUCACUCUCUCCUCUCCGCCCCUCGUGCCGCCGACGCCGACUCUAUCGUUCCUUCAGCCACUGCUUCAGCUUCCGCCGCCGCCGUGCUGCCACUACCGAAUUCAGCAGGAUUUGGAACUCGGAUAAAGGGAAGACAUGGAAGAUGUGCUGACAGACAUUCCCCUGCCUUCAAGGUUCUUUUCGGAAGAUCUCAACAACUUCACUGCUCCAUCACCGCCCCUUCCAUCUCCCUUCCUGUUGUUAUCUACCCCUGAUGCAAAAAAUCCCCUCUGCCCCUCUCUCCUCAUCAUUACCGUGUCUUCUCCAUCUUUAUAUAUCUUCCACCAUGUGUCCUCUAAAACCUUAAUAGGAACCCUCGUCCUCCCUGAGAUCCCCUUCUCUGGCAACUUUGUCGAACCAUCUCUCAGAGACAAAUCCUGCAACAUUUAUGCCCUCAAUGAUGCUGAUAAUUUGAUUUAUGUUGUCUCCAUUCAGUAUCCAGUUCCUGCAGAGAGAUCUCAUGCUGUUGCAAAGUUGCUAAUUGGUGAACAGAUUGUUCCAGAGAGGGUUUUGAUCUUGGAUUCAGUUCAGAGCCGAAACUUUCGGGGUAAGCUCUCACCAGAUGAAACAUUUGCCUUCAAGCUGGAGACAUCAUUAGAGAGAAAGGAUCCAACACUUCUAAAAGGUUUAGACUAUUUUCCAUCGGGAAGUGUGGUAGAUGGCUUAGCUCCUGCUUUAUUGGGUCGAUGUCAGAUGAAGAAGAUCAAGGGAACUCUGUGUGUUUCAUGGCCUGAAUUCGGUGGCUCUGUGAUGUCACUUGUUAAAUCUCUACUGCUGAAGGAUGUCUUACCCCGCUUGGAAUGUAAUAGUGAUGGUGACAGUGAGGAGGAAUGUUCAAGGCUUGGCGGAGUAAAAAACCAUCUUCUUGAUUCCGAAUUAUAUACCUAGUAUCUCUCUCCGGACACUUUCUUAGAUUACGCACAUGGCCAAAUAGUCUUUUCCCCGUUACAACUACUUCAGGCACUGAUAGUAGUCGCUUCUAAUAUCAAUGCUACAUUUUGUUGAAAAUUUCUACUACUUUUACUUUUGUACUUUUUCUUCUAUUUGAAUUGACACUGCAUGUUUAAUGGCAGUUUUUAUUCUACUGAACACUUUUUUUGGGACUCCCAAGCAGUGUUAAUAAGUUAUUUAAGUUACAGCCAGUGGCUUUCUGUCAAA